AUGGAUAAAGCUAUUAUUUUAAGGGAAGCAUUUAGUUUGUUUUUUGAUGAUGAAGAUGAAGAAGAUGAAUACAACACUGUGGAAAUUAAUUCAAGGCGAAUUAUAAAAAAUGAGAAGUAUGCCGAAGAAGUGGUGCCGAGAUUCUCUGACAAGACUUUCAAACAACAUUUUCGAGUGAAUCCGAAUGUAUUUUAUAUGUUGUGCCAAGAACUUCUUGCUAUGGAACAACAUAAUUAUGGACCUGGUAGGGAAUCUACCGAUAUUGAAAAAAAAAUUAUGAUAACCUUAUGGUACUUAGGCAAUCCCCAAUGCAUGAGGUAUGAUUAUAGAUCGAUUGCAGAUAGAUUCGGCGUUUGCACUGCAAACGUAUUCCGAAUUAUCACCAGCAUUUGUGAUAAUCUCAUUCAAUUAAAUAGGACGAAGAGGUUUAUAAAAUGGCCUAAUUCAGAUGAGGCUGCCAGAACGUCUGCGCAUUAUUUGCGGAAAACCCGUUUACCAGGAGUAAUUGGAUCCAUAGAUGGUUGCCAUAUAGCAAUUAGAGCACCGACUAUAUCCCCCAACUCCUAUAUAAAUCGGAAAGGAUUCCAUUCGGUUCUACUGCAAGGAGUUUGCAACCACAGACUGGAGUUUACGUACUGCUAUACUGGCGAAGCAGGUUUAAUUCAUGACGCGCUCUUAUUGAGGAGAUCAAAAAUAAUAGAUAAAAUCAACUCAGGUCAAUUCUACAUACAUGAAGAGCAGCAUCUAUUGGGAGAUUCAGCGUAUCCUCUGAAGCAGUGGCUGGUAACUCCAUACAAGGAUAAUGGGCGUUUGAGGGAUGAACACAAAAUAUUUAAUAGGGUUCAUUCCAAAUGUCGUGUUUCAAUUGAACGCGCAUUCGGAUUGCUGAAAGGCAGGUGGAGGAGACUGUUCAGUAUAAAUUCACUGAAGCCUAUAUCAAUUGUGAAAUAUAUUAUGGCCUCAUGUAUUUUACAUAAUAUAUGUAUAGCAUACAACGAUACGGCAGAAGACUUCAUCAUUCUUGAAGACGACGAAAAUAUUGACAAUGACCGUGAAGCGGAUUCUAUCGACAUGCAAACAGCUCAAACAAAAAGAGAAAGUUUGAUGAAUACAUUAUUUUAAAGCUAUAUGAUAACAAAAAAGUAUUUUUUUCAAUUCCAUUGGAUAUUUCGAAAAAAAAUCGUAUCUUUUCAUAUGGAUCUAUAUAAUAUGAUAAAAUAAAACAAGAAUUAUAUUUGUAUACAAAGAAAAAUAUCACUUUAUUUAUUUUUGUACUUAAGUAAACUUCAUUUAAAAAGUUUAUCACAUUGGAGCUUCAUUAGAAAAAGAAAAAAAAACACUUCAUAAAUAACGAAAAAGGAACUGCUACAUUUAAAAAAAUAAAAAAUAAAUAAAAUACUUCAUGACAUGUUAAGAAAAGGAUAAAAAAGUGAGCAAACAACUGCUACAUUUUAUCAAUCAUUUUUUCAAAUAAGUCUAAAAACCUAUUCGAGACUUCCAUCCUCUCUCGAUGCCGUUUUUCUAUCAUAUCCUCGACUUUAUUAUUCUUCCUCUUCCUGUUGCUAUAAUUAGUCCUGGAAGUUUCUGGGUCUUCUAUUACAAAGUGUUCUGCCACUUGAACGUCAGAAUCUUCGGAACAAAUUACAGCCGGCGGAUGGAUUUCGGGUGCUCGAAAAAGUAUGUCGUGCAUUAAAUCAAAAUGCACCCAAUACUUCCUCAUGUUUCCUGUUGUGUCGUUUUCUUCUUUUAUUUUUUAUACUGCCGCUUUAGGCCUUUCCAUUUGGAGUCGACCUGCUCAAAUGUUAUUUUUAUAUUUUUAUAUAUUCUAAAUAUAUAUUAUUUUAUUUUUUGGUAUAUAGUUUUUUUUUAUGUUAGUUUGAAGGCGUUCAAAAUUCUCCUUAAUCAAAUUAAUCAGAAAAACAGUCAUAUCGUUGGUCCAUUUGACGCCUGAAAUAAAUUUGAUUCAUAAAAAUGCUAUAUGCAAUUAGUUUUUCCAAAAUUAUCUUACCUUCUACACCAGAGCAACCAGCCUCUUCCGCCAUUUUUAUUGUUUUGAUGAUGAUUUUUUUUUAUUUCCCGGCUUUCAGAUAUCAAAUUGUUUUUGCUCAGCAUUUUACUCCGUUUACUCUGUUAUUUUAUUCUGAGCUCACAGAGCGCGCUCUGAACAUGUUCAGAACUAAAAAAGAAACACGAAUUUGAAGCUCUGAACGCUCAGAGCUCAAAAAGAAACACAAUUAUUUUUUUGACAGUUCGAGCUCUGCUCUGAACUAAAAAAGAAAAACGCCCAU